UGGUCUUCUUUUUUGACGUGGUUAUUCGAUAUCUUCCAAUCUGCGAGUGGUUGGUAUCUUUAUAUUUGAAGGAAGAACUGAAUAAGUCCGUAAGAGGUCACUUCAGAAAAAGAGUUUUUUACACUGCCGGUUUUCCCUUCCUACAUCCCGUAGGCGUGCCAAAAUGCGUGCUCAAAUACAAUAUUCAUACCAAAAAAAACAGUUACCAGGAUUUUUCCCGAUGCUAUUGUCCCUCAUGCUUAUUGGAUAUUCGUCUGCCCAGAGGGUGGCUCCAGGCGUUCCUCCGCAACACUAUCAACAAGUCCCAGUGCAGCACGCUCAGCAACCGCAAUAUCAGCAGCAGCAACAACAAGUGCACCAUGCUCCUAAUGUUCCGCCGCAAAAUUAUCAACAACAAGCGCAAUAUCAGCAAGUGCCUGUCCAACAACAACCUCAAUAUCAACAGCAACAACAACCAGUGCAGCAACCAAUCCAACAACAGCAACAACCACAAUUUCAACAGCCUCCACAACCGGUACAGCAGCAACAUCCGCCUCAUCAGGCUCACCACGGGCAACAGCAAGUCUUAAAUGCAGCAAAUAUGGAACAUGAAAGAGCUCACAUUCAGGAGCAUAUGCAGGUUCCAAUCGAUACGAGUAAAAUGUCUGAAGCAGAGCUGCAAUUUCACUACUUUAAAAUGCAUGAUUCUGACAACAACAAUAAAUUAGAUGGCUGUGAAUUAAUAAAAUCACUUAUACACUGGCACGAGCAAGGAAGUAAAGAGCAACAGCAUAACGAGCAAGCACCACAUGUUGAAGAGAAAAUAUUUUCUGAUGAAGAGCUAGUAGCAUUAAUAGAUCCCAUUUUGCAAAUGGAUGAUACGUCACGCGACGGUUACAUCGACUAUCCUGAAUUUAUAAAGGCGCAACAAAAGGCUGUGGCAGCAUCACAACAAAAACAACAGCAGCAACCUCAAAACGGACAGUAAAGUGUUGCAAACGAGAAUGUUUCACUUUGUUAAUAAGUCGCCUGUACUGCUUAAGUAGAAUUCUAAAGACUCCAUGACAGAAUAAUUUGCGAAAAAAUGUGAUUUAAAUUGUUUUAAAAUUUUUGUAAUUUUCCAAAAAUAAUAUAUUUCGCAACUGCAUCUAUAUAUAUAAGUAUGUAAUAGGAUGUACGUAUAUAAAUUUGUUUGUUUCGUUUUGAUCUUGAUCAUUCCACGUAAAAGGCAACUUUUCUAUUGAUUAAAACAAUGAAAUUAAUGUAGAUAUAAUUUUGCAUACGAACAAAUAUAAUUUUAAAUAUUUUGGCAACUGUU